CCAGUUAGUUUCUGUAGGAAAAAAACUAUUAUUCCCAUGAUGCAGUUCAUGUUCCAGUGACAACCCAUGCUUGGGUUGUUUUUGUUCUGUCGCUGCUGUCAACCAUUAGCAGAUAAAUAACGGUCUAUAGGCGGAAUAACGGCAGUAGACUUCAAUUAAAGGCGUUGUCGUUUUUAGUAAGUACUAUCAUCAGGCUUAACGUUGCACGGUUCGCGUGUUUUCCCGCAAUGUUGUCUUCGGUUCCACCGCGGAUCUUCAUGCGAAGGUCGCGCAGCCUUUCGCCGUGCCGUGUGCUCCAGACAAGCACAAAGGACGCCGCGAGGAACCACAUCAUCCUCGAUAAAGCGGACGCCAACCGGAACCCCAUCGUUUCUACCUCCCGUGUCUCCCGUAGAGGAAUUCUGAGCGAGGAGGCGAAAGGCCAGAGUGUGAGCCUGAACAUACAGUAUCACCAUCUGGCCCCCAGGUGGCUCUCUAACCUCCAGGAUCGCAGGAGCUCCUGGGCCUCUCUGGCUUCCAAGGGACGCAACAACAACAACCAGUACUGGGAACAGAGCGGGGGAAGGACCGGGGGAGAGAGCGGGAGCAGCCGCCCGUACGCACUGGCCUCUGCUGGGGUACUGUCCGCUGCAGCCAUGGCCUUCUGCCUCAAGAAGGACUCUGAUACGAAAGGUGAUGCACUUCUGGAGGCUGCAAGGACCAACAGCUCGCAAGAUGUGGCAAGGUUGCUGGGUGAGGGGGUGGAGCCUAACCACCGGCACCGUCUGGGCUGGACCUCUCUCAUGGUGGCAGCUAUGAACCGCCAGCACAGGUCAGAGAGAGAGCAGUGUGUGUGUCCGGCUCUUCCUGUGUUAACCUUGUCCCAUACAGACAUAUUGCCACAGUAGAAUGCUCCUAUCACACCAGACGGCUACUAAUGCUCCCUCCCCCUGCCCUGCACCCUCUAAAUUAAAUUAGCCCCCCCUGUACACACAGAGAGAGGUGGAGGGUUAAGGUGGGGUGAAUCCAAUUUGGGGAUGGUUGGCCAAUGUGCCAUGUUCCUGUGAGACAAAGGGCCCUCAACAGUUACAGACACUAGUUCACUGAACCCCCCCCCCCCCGUCUGAAUAUACACAC